AUGGCUCAUCGCAACUACACAUCAAUAUCGGAUUUUCGUGUUCUUAAUCGAAGAGAGCUCCGUGAAUGCACUAUUCCGAACUCACAUAUUGAAAUCAAUGUCAGUCCGAAUACGAAACUUGGGGACGACCAAAUCAUUUCGGUCACCGUAACUGGUGUCAUGUUUCCCGACGACGAUGAUUGGAUUGGCAUGAUCUCCCCUACUAGUUCUGAAAUUUCGACUUGUUUUAGUAACAAGUUAAAAUAUGCCCAAACGGGUGACCUCAGUAGCCUCCCUCUUCUAUGUCAUUAUCCUAUUAAGGCUAAAUUCCUUAAUAAAGAUCCAGACUACUUGCAUUGUAAAAAGAAAGGAUGCAGACACCACAUAGGAAGUAAAUGCUUGGUAAGAACAUGUGAAGGGACGGUGCAAUUUCACGUCAUAAACAUAAGAACCGACAUCGAAUUCGUCUUCUUUGGCUCGGGCUUCUCCACGCCAUGCGUACUCCAUCGAUCGGCUCCGUUGAGCUUUGCCAAUCCAAACAAGCCCUUAUACCCACAUUUAUCCAGCCCUGAUUCAUCCGCUACUAAUAUGAGAUUAACAUGGGUGAGUGGAGAUAAUAAACCUCAGCAAGUUCUGUAUGGAAAAAACAACUUAAAAGUCAUUUCACAAGUUACCACAUUUACACAAAACGAUAUGUGCAGUUCGGAGAGAUUGCCAAGCCCGGCUAAAGAUUUUGGGUGGCAUGAUCCGGGUUUCAUCCAUACUGCGGUUAUGAACGAGUUAACUCCGUCGACUCACUUCCGGUACAAAUUCGGCGAUGAUUCGGUUGGGUGGAGUGAAACACUUAAAUUCAAGACACCGCCGGCGGGAGGAUCAUCGGAGUUGAAAUUUCUUGCAUAUGGAGACAUGGGUAAGACUCCUUUGGAUGAAUCGGUGGAGCAUUAUAUUCAACCAGGGGCGGUUUCUGUGGUGAAAGCAAUGGUGGAAUUAGAAUCGGAAAAUGUGGAUUCAAUAUUUCAUAUUGGUGAUUUAAGCUAUGCUACUGGGUUUCUUGUUGAAUGGGAUUUCUUUCUUAGCCAGAUCACUCCUUUGGCUUCUAAACGAUCUUACAUGACUGCAAUCGGUAAUCAUGAAAGAGAUUACUCCCAUUCCGGUUCUGUAUACGAAACUGCCGACUCCGGCGGUGAAUGCGGCGUUGUUUAUGAAACUUAUUUCCCAAUGCCAACUUUGGCCAAGGAUAAACCUUGGUAUUCAAUUGAACAAGGCCCUGUUCAUUUCACUGUCAUCUCCACCGAGCAUAACUGGUCCCCGGCUUCAGAGCAGUAUAACUGGAUGAAAAACGAUAUGGCGGCCGUUAAUAGGUCCAAAACCCCUUGGUUGAUUUUCACAGGACAUAGACCCAUGUAUUCUUCUAGAAUUGGAAUCUUGGGUACAACAAGUGUAGAUGACAGUUUUUUGGAGGCGGUCGAGCCUCUCCUAUUGAAUGCCAAGGUUGAUUUGGCGUUGUGGGGUCACGUGCAUAACUACGAGAGAACGUGUGCGGUUUAUGAGAAAUCAUGCAAAGCCAUGCCGAAGAAAGAUGGACAAGGCGUGGACGUUUAUGAUGGCUCCACAUACACUGCCCCUGUUCAUGCUGUUAUCGGAAUGGCAGGCUUCAAUCUCGACCAUUCCAUUGAUAUUGCUGAGGAUUGGAGUUUGAUAAGAAAAUCAAAUUAUGGUUACACAAGAGUGCAUGCUACAAAAACCGAUUUAACCCUAGAGUUUAUGAAUGCAAUCUCGCGAAAGGAGGAAGAUAAAUUUCGGAUGACCAAAAUACGCAACUAA